GUGUCUGUGGUCAAACCUGCAACAGAGUGACUUACACUGUCAGAAGCAUCUGUGCCGUCAAAGGCUCAUCAGUGGACAUUUCUUGUACUUACAACAGUUAUUCCACAUAUAUCAGAUCUAAAUUCUGGUUCAGUCCUGAACGUAGUCUUCAGUGGCAGAAUCCCUCACAGCCUGAGGACCUUAGUGAAGACUCCCAGUAUGCAGGUCGUGUUCAGGUCCUUGAAACAGAGAGAGGACGCUCCACUCUGAGAAUCACUGACCUGAGAGAGAGCGACUCAGCUGAGUAUCACUUCACAGCAUAUACCUUUGAAUGGAGGAGUAGUUUACCUGGUACAACUCUGACUGUCACAGAUCUCCAGGUUCAGGUGAUCAGAUCAACAGUCUACAAGAAUUAUACUGAGGCAGAGCUGCUUUGUCACAGCAGCUGUCGUCUACCUGAUCGUCCUUCCUACGUCUGGAUCAAGAAUGGACAGAAAAUGGAAAGGGUGGCGACAUCUUCUUAUAAAGAUCAGUUUUAUCCUGGAGACAUCAUCUCCUGUGCUCUUAAAGGACAUGAGGAUUUCCCCUCUCCUUCAGUGUAUGCUCCAAAGCUUCCCUCUGUGUCAGUGAGUCCCUCUGCUGAGAUAGUGGAGGGCAGUUCAGUGACUCUGACCUGCAGCAGUGAUGCUAACCCAGCAGCUAAAUACACCUGGUACAAGGAGAACCAAAGACUGCUCAGUGAAGAACCACAGCUUGUCUUCAGCUCCAUCCAGUCCUCUGACUCUGGAGAGUAUUACUGUGCAGCUGAGAACCAGCUGGGGAGGAAGACAUCUGAAUACAUCAUUAAUGUGAAAUAUGCUCCAAAGCUUCCCUCUGUGUCAGUGAGUCCCUCUGCUGAGAUAGUGGAGGGCAGUUCAGUGACUCUGACCUGCAGCAGUGAUGCUAACCCAGCAGCUAAAUACACCUGGUACAAGGAGAACCAAACACUGAUUCAGAGACCAGGAGACAUUUAUCAUUUCAACUCUAUCAGCUCUAAGGACAGCGGGAUCUACCACUGCAAGGCUGAGAAUGAGUACGGCCAGAUCAACUCCACAUCUGUAUCCAUAGAUGUCCAGU